AUGUUCGAAACUCCAGGUGUGCUCGGGAGUGCUGUUCAUGUAAAGGACAAUAUCAAAGGCACAAUGCGAAUGCUAAUUGAGAAAGGAUGGGAAGAUAAUGCAUUUAAUCAAUUCAUUAGUGAUCUGAUACCCGUUGACCGUACUUUGCCGGAUUUAAGAAACGAAUGGUGCUUUAAAAGAAAUUUAUCAAUUAGGUUACCGGAAGUAACAGUAGUAAUUUGUUUUCAUAAUGAAGCUUGGUCAACUCUAUUACGUACUAUUCACUCUGUAAUAAAUAGAUCGCCGCCGCAUCUAUUGACGAAGAUCAUUCUGGUUGAUGAUUACUCUACCAUGUCUCAUCUCAAAAGUCGUUUAGAAGAAUACAUAAAAAAAAUACCUAAAAUUAAUUUAAUACGUACAAAACAAAGAGAAGGACUCAUUCGAGCACGGAUAAUAGCAAUGAAGCGGGUCUUAACGCCAGUCGCCUUAUUUCUUGACAGCCAUUGUGAGUGUACUGAAGGAUGGUUCGAGCCUCUUUUAGAACGAAUAGCUGAAAAUCCAAAAACGGUUGUGAGUCCAGUAAUUGAUCAUAUCGAUACAACAACAUUUCAAUAUAUACCACAGGAUCCGGAGUAUCUUCAGAUAGGUGGGUUUAAUUGGAACUUAAAAUUUAUAUGGAGACCAAUACCGCAUGAUAUUCAAACGCAAAGACAACAUUUGUUUAUGCCAAUCAAAACACCCACUAUAGCUGGAGGUCUUUUUGCUAUAGAUAGCAAAUUCUUUAAAGACUUGGGAUAUUAUGAUGAAGAAUUUGACAUAUGGGGUGGAGAAAAUUUAGAGUUAUCUUUUAAAGUGUGGAUGUGUGGUGGUACCUUAGAGAUAAUUCCUUGUUCUCACGUAGGACACAUUUUUCGUGAUAAAUUUCCUUACCAUACUACAAAAGGAUCUUUGAAAAGGAACUCAGUGCGAUUGGCAGAGGUUUGGCUCGAUGAAUAUGCAAAUUUGUACUAUCAAAGAAUUGGAUAUUCGAAAGGUGAUUACGGAGACAUUUCCAAGAGAAGAGAAUUGCGCGAAAAGUUAAAAUGCAAAUCCUUUGAUUGGUAUCUGCUUAAUGUGUAUCCUGAAAUGAAAAUAUAUAAUAAAAGUGCCGCUUUUGGACAGAUAUUCAAUAUCCGUAACAAAGCAGUUUGCCUUGACUCUUCAUCGACGUCUUCACCGUCUUCUCUUGGUACCAUAAGCGUUUUACCUUGCCAUCACCAAGGAGGCAAUCAGUAUUGUGACUUUGUUUGA